GCUUUGACAUUUCACGCUCAGCAAGAACAAUUACAUGCUUAGAGAGAGAAGACAGUGUCGGAAACCAAGUAUACAUACAGUUUUUGGUCGCCGGAGGUACGUUGGUUUUUGGAAAUGGUUCCCAAGGACUCAUCGGAGGAGCUUCCCGACGGAUGGACUGUGCAAUUUAAUGUUCUAAAGACGGGUCGCAAAAUUAAGUAUUAUACGAACACUGGAAAUGGUAAAAAAUUCUACUCCAAAGAUGACUUCAUAAGCCAUAUUAAAGCACAAAGUACUCGACUUGACCAGCCUCAACCAACUAAGAGUUCAAUUGGAGGGCCCACAAAUAAUAACCUGAUGCAGUUUAUGGAACACACAAAUGAACAUCCUGAAUGGUUACCUCACGGUUGGAUCGUGGAGUUGAGAACCAGACAAAGUGGCUACGCAAGCGGAAAAAUAUACAAGUGUUACGUUGAUAGUUCUACUGGCCACAAAUUCUAUUCCAAGCCAGAGGUGCUUCGAUAUCUGGAAAGUAUGAAGCAGAAGAGUUGCACAUUAGAGCAGCAAGAAACACCCAUGAGUGUUCUCCCUGAAAACAAGGUUCAGUUUGAGAAGUCUUCAGUGGAGGAUUUACCUACAGGGUGGAUCAAGAGUACCAAAAUUACAAGGAAUGCAAAUGGAGUCAGAAAAGACCCGUAUUACACAGAUCCAGUAACUGGACGUGUCUUCCGAUCCAAAAGGGAUGUUCAACGCUAUCUAGAAACUGGAGAAAUUAGUAGACGUGCAGUUUUUCCAAAGAAAGGACCCAUCGAUGAAAAAAUCUUGCCAUCAUUAUCUGAAGCUAAAAGGCAGAAACUAAAGCAUGAUGCUACAGGGCAACAGCUUUAUACAGGUAAGGGGACUUCUGAUGUGGGCAGCACUUCAUCCACUGUAACUACAGUUUGUGUGGUUACUACAGUUGAUGUACCUUCACAAGAGAGUCCGAGGGAUAAUGUGGAGGGUAAUGGUGCUGAAUGCAAGGAAAACUUUAAUGCAAACUGGUUAGCACAAGGAAAUGUUGAAGUUUCUGAGAGAAAUCAAGACAAAAACGUCAGCCCUGCUGGCAGACAUGGACUUUUAUUUCCUGAAUAUGAUAACAAGCAAGAGCAGAACUUGCCUGACAGUGAGACAGGAAGCUACAAACAAAAAACUCAGAAUAGUUUGAGCAACUUCAAUAACCAGAAAAGCCUCCACUUGCAACGUCGAUUUUCGAAGCGACUAGCUGGAAUUGAACCAGAGCUGAUGGGAAUCUCAAGUUCCAUUGUUCAAGCAAUUCCUGAAGCUGGUAAUAAGAAAGAGCAAGAGCAGAACCCUCCUGAGAGUGGGAUAAAAGUGGAUGAAAUUUAUGGAGGAAAAACUUUGAAUAGUUUGAGUGAAUCGAAUAACAAGAAAGGGCUUAACUUGCCUCACCAGUCUUCUAGUUGUCGUGAUGUGAUUGAAACCAAGCCAGGUGUCAACUUAGUGUCUAUUGUGCAAGCUCUUCCAAAAACUAUUAAGGCUCAGAAAGGUGAAGCCAUUAUACAUAUGGAUUUGACUUCAGAUGUUGUGACAGAUAAAAGAUCUGACCAAAUGAAUGCUGAACCCAUAACAGAGCUUCCGCCUUGGGCUACCACAAAUGCUAACAAUCCAUUACUUCAAGAGCUAUCAAACAAGAGCCAAAAAUCUGAUACAACCCAAUCUGUACUUCCAAAGGCCAGAGUUCCCAAUCGAAAUCAGUGUAUUGUUAGUGCUGAUAGUGGACCUAUUUUAACUUCUGAAACUACUGUCCAACAAGAGCAGAACUCUCUUCGGGGUGGGAUGAAACGGAAGGGCCAAGAAAAGACGCACAAUACUUUGAGCAAACCAAGUGAUAAGAAACUAAGAAAAGGGUUGAACGUGCCCUGUCGGUCUUCAAAGCGAAUUGCAGGUCUUGAACCUGAGGUGGAAGCCAACACAGGGUCCAAUGCACAGGCUCUUCAGAAUGCAAAAAGAUCUUAUAAAACUGAAGCCAUCCUAGCCGUGAGUUUGACUUCAGACAAAGCAUCUCGCCAACUUGGUGCUGAAUCUGGAACUGAGUUUCCAAAUCAUGCUUUGACUGAUGUCAAGAACCAAGUGUCUUUUCAGGACACAGCUGUUUCCAGGAACCAAUUGCCAGUGCAGGAAACUGACAAAACCAAUAAUGAAAAUGCAGAACCACAGCUUAUCCCUCCAUUUGGGGAGUUCUGGUCAGAUCCUUGCCUUGAAUUUGCAUUCAAGACUCUUACAGGUGAAAUACCUAUUGAGAUUACUGCUAAAAGUGAAAUGGUUUCAACUCCUGCUGCUGAUAUCAUAGAUCAGAGGAACGCACUCAUGAAAACAAUAGAUAAUAGUAGCAAGGGAAAAACGCAGAUCAACCCAGGAAGACACAAAAAAAGUAAAAGCCUUCUUUUGCCUCAUCAAUCUCCAGAACAAGUUCCAGAGCUUGGAAGUGAACUGACAGGCAGCUCAAUAUCCAAUGCACAUGCUUUUAAAAUGACAGGAAGAACAGCUAGAAAAACAUCCAGUAGAGUUGAACCUGUUCUGGAUUUGGGUUCUCCAGACAAUUUUGUAGCGGGAGCUUCUCAGCAGCUCAAGGCUGGGCCAGAAGUAGCACAUGCACGUUAUUCUACAACUCAAAUUGAGCCUUCAAAUAAGAGGGUAGAGCGCCUUGACGACUGCACUCCAACUGAAAAGCGUUCACAAAAGUUGCAAAUUGAGAAGAAUGGCAACAAGCCAGAGUUACAGCCAAACUUUUCCUUUGGGGAUUAUUGGUCAGACCCGUGCUUUGAAUUUGCAUUCAAGACUCUUACAGGUGCGAUACCAGUAGAUGAUAAUUUGCCAGUUCAGAGUUACUUCCAGCAACAAGUUGACACUUCUCAAAUCCAGAGAGAAGGUUACUUCCAGCAACAAGUUGACACUUCUCAAACCCUGAGGGAAGGUUACUUUCAGCAACCAGUUGACACUUCUCAAACCCUGAGGGAAGGUUACUUUCAGCAACCAGUUGACACUUCUCAGACCCUGAGAGAUGGUAGUUUGGCACUUCCUGAUUGUGGCUUACCCAGCUUUUUUCAAACUGAUAUAUCAGUGCACUUUGAUGCUCCAGAGAAGCAAGCUGCAUCCCAAACACGAGUACCCUUGAAUAAUCCUUCCUUCCUACCUUCUGGAAGUGUGAGCUUACCUAGUUGCAGUAACAUUGGUUCUCAACAACCAACACACUUGAAGGAGAAUAAGGGAAUGCAGGGGAAGGUGAACUCCUAGAGUCGAGGUAACUUUUUUACCAGUUUGGAAGUAUUAAAAUUAUCUGUGAUAAUAUGCAGCCUUUUCCGAUCAAUAACCUUUGUGGUUAUAUUUUAGCUUUUGUAAUCUAAUAUUGAAUACAAUUUGAACUGUUGUAAAAUAGUCUUUCAACUUUGGUAGCUCGUUCAGAUGUAGGGGGAUCACCAUGCAAAAAGUUUUCACUAAUGCGAUAUGUUGUACUUUCUUCCCUUUUCACAUCAAUGAAUAGAAAAUCAAGUUUUUUUUUUUU